AUGGAGUGUAUCAUUUUUGCCAUGGCGUCAAUGAGUGAGUACAUCCAGCAAACCGAAGCUAAUGAUGGCAUUCGCUUCGCGUGGAACACAUGGCCUGCGUCUCGCCUUGAUGCUGCCCAACUCGUGGUCCCCAUUUCUUGUCUCUACACUCCCAUGAAAGAACGCGAAGAUCUCCCUCAAAUUACGUACGAUCCUGUUGUCUGUACCCGAUGUCGAGCUAUUCUCAACCCAUUUUGUCAGAUCGACAUACGCUCUAAGUCGUGGAACUGCUGCAUGUGUUCAUCACGAAACACUUUCCCUCCUCAAUACGCUGGCAUGAGUGAACAAAAUCUUCCCGCCGAGCUUAUGCCUCAGUUCACCACCCUUGAAUACACCAUUACGAAGGCACCCGCUCCUCCUCCAGUGUUUCUGGUCGUCAUGGAUACCUGUCUUGAGGAAGCCGAGUUUGUUGCAUUAAAGAAUGCAAUCCUACAACUAGUUUCCAUACUACCACCGAACUGUAUGAUUGGACUUAUUACUUUCGGUCGCAUGGUGCACAUACAUGAACUGAAUAGUGGUUCAAUAGCCAAGUCAUGGGUUUUCAAAGGUACCAAAGACUACACUGGUGACCAAAUACAGGCAAGUUCUCCACGCCCGCUGUGUCACGCCAUGCUUGGUUUGGGCAGGAGCGGGACGCCAGGUCGAACUUCUGGUCCUCCUGCACAAUCAGUUCCUGGAAGCCUUCCUCAAAACAGAUUUCUACAGCCUGUUGAAUCCUGUUCGGCUUCUCUGAAUUCUCUUCUGGCUGAAUUAACUCCAGAUCCCUGGCCCGUUACCCAGGGUCGCAGGGCCCUGCGUUCCUGUGGCGCUGCUCUAUCCAUUGCCGUCGGUUUGCUGGAAUCGGCUUUUCCUAACACAGGAGCUCGUAUUCUGACCUUCCUCGGCGGGCCGGGUACUCAGGGCCCUGGGAUGAUUAUCGAUGAUGACCUCAAAAAUAUUAUUCGUUCGCAUCAUGACGUGGAUAGAGAUAAUUGUCCCUACAUGCGGAAGGCCAUCAAGCAUUACGAGGGUUUGGCCAAUCGUGCGACCCAAAACGGCCAUGUUGUGGACUUGUUCAGCAGUCACUUGGACCAGACUGGCCUACACGAGAUGCGUUACCUGGCGAAUUAUACUGGCGGGAGUAUGACCAUGUGCGACAGUUUCGCUUCCAAUCUUUUCAUCCAGAGCUUCCAAAUUUUCCUGCGCAAGGACGUUCGUGGCCAUUUCAAAAUGGGAUUUGCUGGCCAAUUAGAAGUCAAGACUUCCCGUGAUCUCAAGGUGUCUGGAUGCAUUGGCUGUUGCUUCUCAGCUAACGUGAAAACUCCAAGCACAGGUGAUAAUGAGGUCGGAAUUGGGCACACUUCGGUCUGGCGUCUCAACGCCCUUUCUCCCUCCUCCACUCUGGGCAUUUUCUUCGAGGUAACUAAUCAACACCAGGCCCCUAUACCUCCAGGGGGCAGGGGCUACGUCCAGUUGGUCACCCAGUACCAGCACGCGUCGGGACAGCGCAAGAUUAGGGUUACCACUGCGUGUCGCCAGUGGAUUGAUGCGACUAGUCAGCAUCCCUAUCUGGUGGCAGGCUUCGACCAAGAAGCUGCUGCGGUCCUCAUCUCCCGCAUAGCCAUGUUCAAGGCGGAAACUGCCGAUGGGCGCGAUGCACUGAGAUGGCUUGAUCGUCAAUUAAUUAAGCUGUGUCGGAAAUUCGGCGAGUACCACAAGGACGAUGCGUCGUCUUUUCGACUGCCAGACGAAUUCUCCUUUUAUCCUCAAUUUAUGUUCCACCUUCGGCGUUCUUCCUUCAUCCAGGUUUUUAACAACAGUCCCGAUGAAACUGCUUACUAUAGACACGUCUUGAACACAGAAGAUUGCUCCAACUCACUGCUUAUGAUCCAGCCCUCUCUGAUCGCCUUCAGACUAGACGGCACCGAUGAGCCUGUCCUACUCGACUCCACAAGUAUCCAACCAGACACCGUUCUCCUAAUGGACUCCUUCUUCCACAUUCUCAUUUAUGUGGGGGAAAACAUCGCCAAGUGGCGAAAAGCGGGCUACUUUGAAAUGCCGGAGUACGCCUAUUUACAGCAAGUGAUUGAAAAGCCCCGCGCCGAGGCAAGGGAUUUGCUGCGUAGCCGCUUUCCCACACCUCGCUACAUCGACACUGAGCACGGCGCCAGCCAGGCGCGCUUCCUCCUCUCCAAGGUCAACCCCUCGCAGACUCACAAUACCAUGUUCGCUUAUGGACAGGAAUCGUCUUUCGCUGUGCUAACAGACGACGUUUCGCUCCAGGGCUUCAUGGACCAUUUAAAGAAGCUUGCUGUUUCAUCUUCGGUCUAA